AUGGCCAAAACGCAACAGGAAGUAACGUUACAAGUUCAUGAACCUGAAAAAAACACAUUGGAAUCAGAGACCCCAUUGGAACUAAGUAGCUCGCUUUUUCAGUGUGACCAGGAUUAUGUCUCUCUUGAGGCCUUUAAAUAUGUCGCUGAUCAAUACGCUGAAGCAAGUGGGUUUAAAGUGAUUUUCCUAAAAGGCAACAAUCGCAGUGAUGGCUUGUGUUCUACUCAAGUUUUUGCUUGCGAUCGCUCCGGCGUGUUCAAACCUAAACCUAAGGAUCCGAAUAAAAAAAGCAGAAAUAAAGAAUCAAAAAAAUGCAACUGCCCCUGGUCUGUUCGUCUCAAUCAUAAUCCAGAGGACGAUAAAUAUUACAUCUUACAAGUCAAUUUACGCCAUAAUCAUUCGCUCAUUCCACCCCAACUCAUGCGUAUUUCGCCUGCUAGCUGCGAAAUACCAGCUUUUAUUAAGGAGAAAAUUUUUACCGCAAGAAAAGCAGGAAUAUCAACACCACAGAUCCAAUUUCUUCUUACAAUUAAGUACGGACCAAUAGUGAAGAAGUGGAUAAUAAAGGAUGUAUAUAAUUUGAUUAAUGCUGAUCGCAUGUCAUGUAGUGAAUUUCAAGCCCAUGACUUUCUUCUCCUCCUCCAACAAAAAUGUAAUAAUGACCCCGAAUUUUCUUACGAAUUCGAAUUGGAUAGUAAUAAUAGGCUAAAACAUAGUAACUAUUUUUCGAUGCCUUUUGGGGUGUUUACAGACGUCACCAAUAACGGUCUCUCUUAUUGCGCUGCUGGUGCGCUGCUUCGUGACGAAACGUCCUUGAGUUUUGAAUGGCUUUUUGAAGCUUUCCUUCGUAUAUUCAGCACCGCGCCCCAUACUAUUCUCACUGAUAACGAUCUAGCAAUGGCCGAUACUAUCCGUUCUGUCCUUACUAAUAAGCAUGGUACAAAGCAUGGUCUUUGUAUUUGGCACAUGGCACAGUCGUACCUGGGAGUUCUUAGUCAGUGGCGUGAACGGUGGGCCCCGGCAUAUUUAAAAGAUUAUUUUUUUGCUGACAUGUCGUCAACGCAGAGAGGGGAAUCAAUGAAUAGUCUUUUAAAGGGCUUCGUAGACUGUAAAACAAGGCUCACGGAAUUUUUGGCUGCCUUUGAACGUGCACUUUACUAUCGCGAGAAGGCGGAACAUAUUUCUGCUUACAAGGAGCUUGUGUACCCCAUACCUGUGGAUUUUCCAAAUCCAAUUGAAAACCAGGCUGCUAGUUGCCUGACGAAAUAUGCCUUGAAGAAAUUUAAGGCAGAAUGGAGUGAAAAAGACGCAUAUGCGUGUGAGGAAAUAACUGAUGACAAUGGAGUGCGUUGUUUUGAGCUGUCACGUUACGAAAGGCCAGACGUUAUACGUCGUGUCUCCUAUGAUGGGAAGGUACUUGCUUGUUGCUGCCGCAAUCUCGAAUUUGCUGGAAUAGUCUGCCGCCAUUCCCUUGCAGUUGCGGUUCGCCUGUCUCUCGCUCAACUCGAUCCUGUCUACUUUCCAAAACGCUGGCAAAAGGACCCGCCCGAGUUGGAGCUUGCAAAAGAAUAUGUCAAUUUUUAUAGCCGUACACAAACACAAGAUCCAGGAACUUUAACAUUACAUGAAUCAUGUGGCCAAGAUGACUCUCGAAUCCGGUUCAUGCAUAUUCAUCGACUAUCAGGGGAAAUUGCAAGUAAGAUUGCAACGGACCCUGAUAAAUGUGCAGAUUUUACGUUGUACCUCGAGAAGUAUUUGGAAGCAUUAUAUGUCGUUGAUGACGAUCUUGUUUCAAAUACUUCGGCAUCCUCAGAACCUCCGUUAAUCAGCAACCCUAUAAAGAGCAAGGCUCGAGGCCGACCAAAAAAAAAUCCUGAAAUGGUCCCGACCAAAAAACGUGUUCGUGAAG